AUGGUGUCUGCAACCAAAGACAAACGCUGCCCUGAGCCGAGACGGGGAGCGCGGGGCCGGGCAGACGCGGCUCACACAGGCUGUGCGGAGCCCGGCCGCAGCCGGCGCGGGCCCGGCCCCUCAGCCACGUCCCCCUCCUCGCGCACCGGCACCAGGCGCACGUGGGCCCGGGCACUGCAGGCUCGCGGGACCCAAGCGGCCCCUUACGUACCGGCCGCUGCAGCGCGAGGCCCCGGCGCCCCCGCCCCCUGCAACGUCCCAGUCGCGUCCCCGGCCCUGGCCGGCCCAUGCGCCUGCCCAGCUUCCGGCGCGUCAGUUCCGCCCGCCGCCGGCACGUGGCAAGCGGCGGCCACUGGAGCGAGCGGUCAAGGUCAUGACAAGCUGCAGGCUGUACUUGGCGGAGACCCCACCGCUACCCUGCACGCUACUGUGGAUGUCUCCGAGGAGCCCAAGCCACAGGCCCCUGCCAUGAACUGGAAGGAGGAGGAGCGGGAGAGAGAUGACACGAGGAGCCAGGACCUGCCUGAGACACCUGCACUGUCUAGCCAGUCCUGCCAGCUGAGCAUGGACUUGCCUGUUGAAGGGGAAGGGACCUCAGCCGCUGCCACUGCAGCCUUGAGGGGGUUCCCCCUCUACAUGUGUGGAACACCUGAGCCAGACUGCUUCCAAACUCUGAAGACUGUAUGGAUCACCAGAUACCAAGGACUGCUAGCCCUGUUAUUAGAGAAAAUAAAUGAUCAGCAGUAG